CGCGGGCUGCGACGCGGAUGCUGCGAGAGCGGCUGCACUGGUUACGGCGAGCCGCGGCCAGCCAUGAAGCCGCCCAUUUCAAUAGAGGCAAGUGAGUUUGAUUCUUCAGACGAAGAGCCUAUGGAAGAUGAACAGACUCCAAUUCAAAUCUCAUGGCUACCUCUGUCACGAGUGAACUGCUCGCAGUUUCUCGGUCUAUGUGCUCUUCCAGGUUGUAAAUUUAAAGAUGUUAGAAGAAACAUUCACAAAGAUACAGAGGAACUAAAGAGCUACGGGAUCCAAGACGUAUUUGUUUUCUGCACCAGAGGGGAGCUGUCAAAAUAUAGAGUCCCAAACCUUCUGGACCUCUACCAACAGUCUGGAAUUGUCACCCAUCACCACCCAAUUCCAGAUGGAGGGACUCCCGACAUAGGCAGCUGCUGGGGAAUCAUGGAGGAGCUGGCCACCUGCCUUAAAAACCACCGGAAAACCCUGAUACACUGCUAUGGAGGACUUGGAAGAUCCUGUCUUGUAGCUGCUUGUCUCCUCCUAUACUUGUCUGACUCAGUAUCACCACAGCAAGCCAUAGACAGCCUUCGAGAUGUCAGGGGAUCUGGGGCCAUACAGACCAUCAAGCAAUAUAAUUAUCUUCAUGAGUUCCGGGAUAAAUUAGCUACAUAUCUAUCAUCAAGAGAUUCACUAUCAAGAUCUGUGUCCAGAUAAUGAAGAUUUCAAAUACAUGCCUACGUGUGAAGUUCCCAAGUUCUCUAGCAUACUUUGUAUUGAAGCAAAACUACUAGUGCUACCAUCCUGAAUAUAAAUGUUAUGUGUGGUUCCU